AUGAGUGGUCUCAUAUCUCCGCGCUAUCUUCUCUAUACGCCAACAGGAGAUUUACUCGUCAGUGAGCCGAAUGCCAAUCGAAUUUCGUGUUUGUUAGAUACAGAUAACGAUGGUUAUCCAGAUCAACGUACAACGUUUGCUGAUGCAUCAAAUGGGCUUAAUCAACCGUAUGGUAUGGCAUUUACGAAUGGAUAUUUUUAUGUUGGAAAUCGAAAUGCUACUCGACGCUAUCCGUGGGUUUAUGGAAGUCGUCAAAUAUCAGGAACAGGUGAAUUAGUGAUGGCCUAUGCUGAAAAUGGUCAUUGGACACGAACUAUUGUUGUAUCACCUACUUCCAAUCGUAUAUAUGUCAGUAUUGGAUCAGGAUCAAAUUUCGACGUUGAAGAUUUGCCACGAGCCUCGGUUCAGCAAGCUAAUCUUGAUGGUAGUAAUCAAACAACUUUUGCGCACGGCCUAAGAAAUGCUAUCGGUUUAGCUUUCCAUCCAAUUACAAACGAUUUGUACGCUACAUGCCAGGAGCGAGAUGCUCUUGGUGAUGAUCUAGUACCAGACUAUUUUACACGAAUUCAACAGAAUGAUUAUUAUGGAUGGCCUUAUGCUUAUUUGAGUGCAAAUUUAACCGAUCCAAGAAGACGUCUGGCAAAUGGAACAAGUGAAAGACCCGAUUUAGUCUCACUGACACGAACACCUGAUGUUCUAUUUCAAGCUCAUUCGGGUGUAAUCGAUAUUGUUUUUUAUUCAGGUAAUCAAUUUCCAAGUAAAUAUCAGAAUGGUGCAUUCGCAGCAUUGCACGGCUCAUGGAAUAGAAACAAUGGAACUGGCUACAAACUUGUUUUUGUGCCAUUCAAUAACAUUACUCAUCGUCCAAUUGGUUACUAUGAAGAUUUUGUUUUUGGAUUUCUAACAAAUCCUUCAGGACCUGAUACAUUCGGACGUCCAGUCGGUUUACUUAUGCUUAAAGAUGGGAGUCUACUAUUUACUGACGAUGGUAACAACCGAAUCUAUCACGUGCAAUAUAAGAAUCAUAUUGAUAAUGUUGCCAUCAGUACAACUACUGUCAUUCUCUACAGUUUUCUCUUAUUAUUUUUAUAUUAA